AUGGCUAGGAAGAAAUUGAAGCUUGCCUUUAUCUCUGAUGAAAUGACAAGGAAAACGACGUACAAGAGAAGGAAGAAGGGCAUGAUAAAGAAGGUGGAUGAACUGGCCACUCUCUGCGGGAUCUCAGCUUGUGCUGUAAUUUACAAUCCUUUUGAUUGUGAGACAGAAGUUUGGCCAAAUCCAGAAGAAGCCAACAAGGUGAUGGAGAGGUUUAAGAAUACACCUGUGCUCAACAAAAGCAGGAAUGUGAACCACGAAAGCUUCAUGAUGCAAAGGAUCGCCAAGGCCCAAAAUGAAUUGAAGAUGCAACGUGAAGAGAACUAUGAGAACCAGAUGACCUUGUCCAUGUUUCAGUUAAUGCAAGGUCAAAUCCUGCCACAUACCCUUCAAGAAAUCACAGAACUCGACAACCUGAUUCAGAAGAAUAUAAAUGAGAUUCAAAAAAAGUUGGCUGCGCUCAACUUUUAG